GUGGAGGUCAUUUUGCUUGUAGAACAGUGACCAAAUUCUGAGUCAAUUAAACAUGAACUCUAGUAAUUCCCCAAGCCCUAAACCUGAUUGGUAUCAUACCACUGCAAGUUACUAUAUAAGAGACAUUUUUUCAAGCAACUCAGUCAGAAAUAGAGAGAUUACCAGUCUGUUGUGAUAGAGUUAUUGCAAGCAAUUUAUUUUGAUUAUCCGAUUUUACAGUGUAUAAAAAAUUAUGGAGUUUCGUGUUGCAGCCGCCGUUCUCCUGAUCGCAGUGUCAGUCGUUUUUUGUGAAGAUAUCUCGAAUUUGUGUAAAAUAACACAAAUAAGAGUCGGUUCACAUUUCGUUCGUUCACCGAGUAACUGCAGUGAGUUCUAUUCAUGUAACUAUGUAUAUACAACAGCACAGGCAUGCGGAAAAGGCACGGUGUUUUCGCAGUCACAGCAGGUUUGUGUGCGCAGGAACAGCCAGUAUGAUGACUGCAACCGUCAGGUUUUUGGAGGAAAAUUCAAUGAUCCUCUCUGUACUCAACACCCAUUUGGGGUUAACGUUGACCCUCAAAGCUGCCAUAGGUAUAUUCCCUGUUUCAACCGAACUUCAUACCCAUCCAUGGCUUGCCAAUCCGGGCUUUACUUUGACGCUGAUGAACAAAAGUGUAACGAAAAAAUCCAAUCAAGAUGCAAAAAUGAAUAAAUGGUUUAAAGAUUCAGAAAUGAUCACCCCUGGCGAUUUUUUGUUUUAAACUAAAAGUUUUCAAAGAACCGGUGAUUAAAAUUCCGUAUUUUCAAAGCAAUAAAAGUAUUUUAUAGCAAC